AUGGCUGUUGUUGAAAAAGCAAUCACAGUGGGGAUCCAUUCUUCGCAGAAAGGGAUUCAUUUCGUCGUGUUCACCUCAUAUGAAGCGAGUCGCUGCGUUGAAAGAAGAAUAAAUCGGGUGCUCUGUUGCAAACUGUAUGAGCCCGUGGGGAGGCAAAAGUGUGCGAAAAUGCGUUUGAAAACGGGCUGUUCUCUGCAGGCCUGUUUGGCAGCUUUCAUUCUACUCGCCCAACCGUCACAUCCUCAAGAUGUGCUCGACUUGGCCCCAGGAAGCGUUCUAUCUGUGAUCAGCUUGGGUCAACAAGUGACCGAAAUGAUUUUCAACCUAUGGACGGAGUUUUCGCCCGAGAACGUGAAUAACGUGGAAUCGUAUCCCGCUUUGGAUCUCGGGCGCGACAGGAAAGUGUUGAAAAAGUUCCAACAAGUCACGGAACGACUCGAUGCGCUUGAUGUUACCUUGCUCGGAAUUGUCCUUCGAAAUUCCUCAGAGACGUAUGCGAGACCGGUGUGGGCUUUGUAUGAAAGAUGGCAGCAGUACCUGAACAUUUCCGACGAACUGGAAAAGAGUACUUUGGAGGACUUGGCGGAAUCCGUGGUGUCUCAUCACCCGGAGUCUGUUCAUUCCUUGCUCUGGCAGAUCAACAACCUCGUCAUUCCUCCUUGGUCGAGCAGCUUUCGAAAAGGGAUCUUUGAUCAUCUCGACGACUUACUUCAGGAAGCUUUAAGGAGUCUCCACGACGUCACGCCUGCGACGGUUCGGUGGGAAACUCAGUUCGACACUUUGCAGACGUAUGCGAGACCGGUGUGGGCUUUGUAUGAAAGAUGGCAGCAGUACCUGAACAUUUCCGACGAACUGGAAAAGAGUACUUUGGAGGACUUGGCGGAAUCCGUGGUGUCUCAUCACCCGGAGUCUGUUCAUUCCUUGCUCUGGCAGAUCAACAACCUCGUCAUUCCUCCUUGGUCGAGCAGCUUUCGAAAAGGGAUCUUUGAUCAUCUCGACGACUUACUUCAGAAUCUUCAAGAGAUCUGCGACUUGAACCAAACUGCUCAACAAUACGCGUACGGAUUGUACAAGCUUAUUGCUGCGACUGAAACGAAGGGCUUUGCGAUGACUCAGUUCUCGUGGAUCCUCCUGCGAGAAUACGGGAAAGGAUCUUAUAUGAAAGAAGCUGCUCUGGCCUUGAGAGCCCACGACGAACGAGUGAAGGGACAGUUGGAAGUGGCCAGCAGAGUUGUGCGGAAUUUGAGCACUAGUUUUUGGCGUUGCGACCCGCACGAGCACGUGGAGAACAAGACGUUCACUGCCGUCACCGAGCUGCUCCAGGGUUACAUUGAGAAUGAAGUGGACAUGAACCGCGAAGGAAGCUGUACCCAGACCUGUUCGGACUUUGGAAACAGUUUCCCCGCAAAGCGAGAAAGUUGUUUCGAGAAUCCCAAGCAGCGAUUUUGCAACGCUCAACGAACUUGUAACGGGAGGAUUUUUGAUUGUCAGUUUGUCAACGCCGACGCCUGGGUUUGUCUGUCUCCGAAACCUUAUAGAAGGUACGGUUACGUGGAAUACGAAGACGGUCAGCUGAUGGGUUCCAAGUCGAACGUGUGCAUCAAGUCGCAAAAGGUGGACAGUUGGUGGCGUUGGUUCGUCCACUGCUCCUACUGCUUUUGUCUCUGCGACGACGCGUCCCCGACGUCGCAUCGUUACUUCAGCCUCAGGGAAGUCGUGUCGGACGUGGAAAAUGGCAAGGUGGUGACCGGGGUCAAGUUGGAGCAGAUCCAGGGCAUCGUUCAUGUGCGGAUUCAGCAAUCCAAGGCGCUGCCUGGCCUGGACGUGCACUUGAACCACGAGUGGAAGAAGGUGAAUCACAUGCGGGUCGAAGAAGGGCUGGAGAAUGAGGACUAUAUGAAAUUGACGUGGGAGGAAAGAGCGUUGGAUUUUGACGACAUUGUGGCGCCCAAGGGCCACGUGGUGACUGGCGUCAAGUUUAGGAAGCUCGGGGGUCACCUGGGACUCGCCAUCAAGGUCACUCCUGUUCAAUUUGACUCAGGGAGAUUGAUGGCGAACGAAAGCUACUGGAUGUUCUCGACGUCGACGGAGGCAUCGGAAACCGACCCCCGAUCCGAGUUGUUGUUGGAAGACGUGGACUUGCCGACCAAAUCCCCGAUUCGAUCAACUAUAGACAGUCUCCCGAACCAGUUUGUCAACUUUGGACCGACCUCCAGGCGGAAAGACGCUGCUCAAACCACGAUUCCUUUCUUGGAUAUUCAAGACGUCGCUCCAACGGGGUUGACGUGGCUCAAGGGUAUCGGUCUCUACCACAAGGGCUACCCGGGAUACGGGGGUUACGUGGGACUCAGGGUAUUCACUUGGGACAUUGGGGAAUACAUGCACUUGCCACCAGCUGCGCUCAAGACUCCGAAGUUGCUGGGUUACGAUAUUAUCUACUGAUUUGCCUAAUACCUGCUCAAAAAAAAAAGAAAGAAAAGCAAUGAAGACAUUAAUGUGAACAUUGAGGUGUCCAAGAAGUUGCUAUGCAUCUACUUUGGGCAUGUAAAUGAAAAUUGUUAUCGGGUUGGGUAGAUGUCGCCGGCUGUCACAAAAGC